AUGUUCGGCACUGACGACGAGGAUGACUCCGGCGAUCCUAAAUCUCCAGAUUUCAUGGUUGGAGUUGAAGCUACGGUGGAGGAUUUCUCAAGUCCUUCACCAUUCCCAACCACUCACAGCCCCUCUCCGAUUUUCUCGCCGUCGGCACCCUCCGCCACCACCGUUACUCCAACAGAUCGGCCCUUUACUGAUGUUCCUUCUCCAACCGCCGCCACCGCCGCCGUCAACACCUCCACCGCCAAUACCACCUCCUCCCACCGAGCCACCCCAAACGUACCGUCUUCCCCUGCAACACCACCACCAUCGCCGCCGCCACCACCACAACCACCGCCACCAAUAACUCCUUCGGGAAAUCCCCCACCAACGCCCACCCCACCUAGUCAGUCACCACCGUAUCCGACCCACCGUUGCCGCAACAAAAAAAUACUCCUUCUGGGUUAUGGAGACGAUGACCUUGAUCCACCAGGCAAUCCUGUUCCGGUAUCUGGUAAUCAAAUUAUUGAGGGUGAAACCCCGCCGUCGCCGUUCCCACUAAUCUCAAUCUAUCUACGGCGAGCUAGGGUAUGUCGUGACUCGUUAAGGCCGCUAGUUGAGAUUCAUAGUUGGCCCAGGUCUAAAAAUGAAGAGCCCAACCCAAGCAUUAUAUUUGGGCCCAAUAUGAGUGGCCCUAUAGCUUUGAUUGAGGCUGCCCACGACCCAAGUGCACAAGCUCGCCACAGUAGCUUUCUCCGAGAUUAUGAAAUUGGGGUUCUUCCACGGCCUCAAGGCUUGUCUCUGCUAUUAACCACGCCACAUCAUGUCGUCGACGUCAAGGAGAAGGAUCGUGGACUUGGUCAAGAAGUUCAGCUAUGUGGCGAACCGCCGCCGAAUCUCGUGGGCACGCCUAGCUGA